CGACUACGAGCCUACGCAUCCCACGCCCAGAUCUUGGCCAGUGAAUACGUUCCUUCGACGCAGGAACUGCAUCCCCAGCUACCAAUUGCUGUGCUGACUACUGACAUCACCCAAUUCCAUGGGUCUGCGGUCGACGAAUCCGGCAGAUCCUUGCUCCAUUCGCAGGCCGCGUACUAUCUCCAUCUUCUCCCGCCUAGUCCUCUGCUCCACUCUUCUACUGGGUGUCAGCUUCAUCUUAAAAACCCGUCCCCAUCUGGUUCCUCUUCUCCCCCACCUAUCUCCCUCCCCUGCCCCUUAUACCCAACCCGCCACCAUGUCGUACCAGCAAGAACGCUACAUUGCCGAACUCGCCGUCCAGCGCGCUACCCUCCUCACCCAGAAGGUCUUCAACGAGAAGGCCAAGGGCACCGUCUCCAAAGAUGACAAGUCGCCCGUCACCAUUGGCGACUUCGGCGCCCAGGCCCUGAUCAUCCAGGCCAUCCGCAAGAACUUCCCCAACGACGAAAUCGUCGCUGAAGAAGAGGCCAGCACCCUCCGGGAGGACAAGGCUCUCAGCGCAGAGAUCUGGAGACUGGUGAAGGACAUCAAGUUGGAAGACAGCGAGAGCGACAACCUCCUCGGAGGCCAAUUGCCUAGCGAAGAAGCGAUGCUGGACAUCAUCGACCAGGGCAAGAGCGCUGGUGGUCCCACGGGUCGUAUCUGGGCCUUGGACCCCAUCGACGGCACCAAGGGUUUCCUGCGCGGUGGCCAGUAUGCAGUAUGCCUCGGUCUGAUUGUGGAUGGUGAUGUCAAGGCGGGAGCCAUUGGCUGCCCCAACCUGCCCGUCAACGACUCCGAGACUUUGUCCUCCGGCAUCGGCGCUGAGCAGACCAGCGGCGCCGGCAAGGGUGUCCUCUUCUCCGCCAUCCAGGGUGUCGGUUCCAUCAGCCGUCCCCUUACCAACGGAGCUCUCGCUGAGAGCAGCUCCAUCUCCAUGCGCCCCGUUCCUGAUAUCGCGCAGGCCGUGUUCUGCGAGGGUGUGGAGGCUGCUCACUCCGCUCAGGGCGACAACGCUGCCGUCGCUCAGCUUCUUGGCAUCACCUCCCCCAGUGUGCGGCUGGACUCCCAGGCCAAGUACUGCUCGAUCGCCAGAGGUGCCGGUGACAUCUACCUGCGUCUGCCGGUCAAGAAGGACUACCAAGAGAAGAUAUGGGACCACGCCGCUGGUGACUUGAUCGUUCGCGAAGCCGGUGGUCAGGUGUCGGAUAUCUACGGCCAGAGACUGGAUUUCAGCAAGGGCAGGACCCUGGCGGCCAACAAGGGAGUUGUCGCCGCUCCCAAGGCCAUCCACGACAAGGUUAUCGGUGCUGUGAAGACCGUUCUGAAGCUGUAAGGGGCUGAUAAUGGAGGAUUUGCCUAUCAUAAAUAUAGAUUCUCGACAAAUUCUGUCAGACCGUGCACGCUAGAUGCGUCUAAAAGUACAUAAAAAAAAGAUACCAAUUGCGAACCAAAAGAACCGUGCUCGGAUAUACAUAUACAGAAAUAAUAAACACAGUUUCGU